AUGUCAGAGCAUGUGUUACCGGCCGAAGAGCCGAUUAGAUUUGUAGCUCCAAUAAUUCAAGAUAAUCCCACAGGAUGGGGCCCCGCCGAAAUGCCGGAGCAAUUUCGAGACAUGCCUUACCAACCUUUCAGUAAAGGUGAUCGUUUGGGUAAAAUAAGUGAUUGGACUGUCGUACAGGACAAGAAAUAUCAAAAUAAGUAUGCCUCUCAAUUUGGCGCUGGUUCGUCGUACGCAUACUUCCAUGAUGAAGAUGAGAGUACUUUCCAUCUGGUGGACACUACAAGGGUGCAGAAGCCUCCAUACCAGCGUGGCCGUGCUCGCGGACAAAGGGGCCGCGGUGCCAGGGGCGCGCGUACGCCUGGAGGCAUGACUACCCUCAACAAGGGCAACUACAUGAGGAAUCAACGAGAUCGUAAACUUGGCAAGAGGUGGGGCCAGAGAGGUGCUCCGAUGAAGAUCCGUGAUGCUUCCGUCACUGUAAGACCUACCUGGGUCACCAUUGAGGACAUGGACUUCCCUCGUCUCGCUAAGUUGUCUUUGCCAGGAAUUAAAGAAGGUGAAGACAUUGUGUGCUGUGGUACAUUGGAGUACUAUGACAAAGGCUACGAUCGUGUCAAUGUGAAACACGAGAAAGCGCUGCAGCGUAUCGAUCGUAUCUUCCAUACGGUGACUACUACUGACGACCCUGUAAUCCGACGACUCAGUAAGACGGUGGGCACGGUGUACGCCACCGACGCCAUCCUGGCCACCAUCAUGUGCUGCACCCGCUCCAACUAUUCCUGGGAUAUUGUCAUUGAGAAGAUUGGUGACAAGCUGUUCUUCGACAAGCGUGACAACACGGAAUUUGACUUGCUGACGGUGAACGAGACUUCGGUGGAGCCGCCGACUGAUGAUGGCAACUCCAUCAACUCGCCGCGCAACCUCGCACUCGAAGCGACAUUCAUCAACCACAACUUCAGUCAACAGGUGUUGAAGAAUGGUUCUGUUGAGCCUAAGUACAAGUUCCCCGAGCCAAAUCCAUUUGUGUCUGAGGAGGAGGAAGGUGAGGUAGCCUCCGUAGGGUACCGCUACCGCAAGUGGAACCUUAACAAUGGAGUGACUUUGGUAGCUCGAUGCGAGCAUGACGCCGUGAUGCAAGGGCCUCAGAAUGAGACCCAGUUUUUGAGCAUCAAAGCUCUGAACGAAUGGGACUCCAAACUGGCCAAUGGAGUGGAGUGGCGUCAGAAAUUGGAUACCCAACGCGGUGCCGUACUCGCUAACGAGCUGAGGAACAACUCCUGCAAGCUUGCCAAGUGGACUGUGCAGGCUCUUCUAGCGGGCUCUGACCAGAUUAAGUUCGGUUACGUAUCCCGUGCCCAAGUGCGUGACAACUCUCGCCACGUGAUCCUCGGCACGCAACAGUUCAAGCCGCACGAGUUUGCGGCACAGAUCAACCUGUCCAUGGACAACGCGUGGGGCAUCCUACGGUGUAUCAUCGACAUCUGUAUGAAGCAGAAAGAUGGUAAAUAUCUAAUCAUGAAGGACCCCAACAAGCCUCUGAUCCGCCUGUACGACAUCCCGGACAAUACCUUCGAGUCGGACGCCUCGGAGGAGAGCGGAGACGAACAAGCAGACACUCCCUUCGCACCACUCUACUCCUACGGAAACACCAAGAGAAUUUAG